AUGCAUUUCUUCCAGCCACGAGUAGUUGUUAGAGGGAUCGAUGCGGUGCCUCUGCUAAUAAAUUAAUGUUUGCAGAGCAGGGCAGGGCAGAGCAGGGCAGAGCAAAAGAUGGCAUCUAAGCAUAGUCUUUUAUAUGACCUGUCUUCCACACUCGUUCUUCUGGUUCUGUUCUGCUAUUCUCAGGCUGGCGUCUCAGGACUCAACACCAUCAGGCAUCUUCCAGGAUUUGAGGGGCCUCUUCCUUUCUCUUUGGAAACAGGGUAUGUGAACGUGGAUGAGGCUAAUGAUGUGCAAUUGUUCUACUACUUCAUCCAAUCUGAGAGAAAUCCAAAAAUUGAUCCUCUAAUAGUUUGGAUAACAGGUGGUCCAGGAUGUUCAGCUUUGUCAGGAUUAUUGUUUGAGAUAGGUCCCCUACAAUUUGAUGUAUCUGGCUACACUGAAGGCCUUCUCCCCUCUUUGCUGUACAGGCAAUCCUCCUGGACACAAGCGGCAAACAUCAUCUUUCUUGAUUCACCAGUUGGCACUGGAUUCUCCUACUCAAGUACCCCACAAGGUCAAGUAACUAGUGAUACCAUAUCCUCCAAUGAUGUCUGCACAUUUAUGAAGAAGUGGUAUGCUGACCACCCUUCAUUCAUCUCCAAUCCCCUCUACAUUGGUGGGGACUCCUACUCUGGCCUUGUAGUGCCGGUUAUUGCUCAAUACAUAGCUGAAGGAAGAGCACAAGAUGAUUUGCAGUUCAAUCUCAAGGGCUACCUAGUUGGUAAUCCUUCCACAGAUUUUGCCUAUGAUGGGAAUGCAAUAAUCCCUUAUGCCCAUGGGAUGGGUCUGAUUUCUGAUGAGCUUUAUGAGGCAACUAAGAAGAGUUGCAAAGGGGUGUAUCAGACUCCCAUCAAUGCAGAGUGUGACAGAAAUUUACAAGCUGUGAAUCAGGGAUUGUUGGGGAUCAACAAUGUUCACAUCCUGGAACCUCUGUGCUUCUUUGCAAGCCCAAAGCCAGGUGAAGCCUCCACAAGUAGAAGGGAGCUGCCUGAAGAAAAUUUUAAGGUCCCAUUGCUUAAGGCAGAUCUUCCUUUGUCAUGCAGGAGCUCUGCAUACCUACUCUCCUACUCGUGGACAAACAAUGACACUGUGAGACAAGUUCUUGGCAUUCACAAAGGAACAAAGCCAUACUGGAUAAGGUGCAACUACGGUAUUAACUGCACAAAUGAUGUUCCAAGUUCUUUACAGUAUCAUUUAUCCUUAACUAGCAAUGGCUAUAGAGCUCUGGUAUACAGUGGAGACCAUGACAUGACUGUGCCAUAUUUGGGGACACAAGCAUGGAUAAGAUCCCUCAACUUCUCCAUUGUGGAUGAUUGGAGGUCAUGGUGGGUGGAUAGCCAAAUUGCCGGCUUCACAAGGCGAUAUUCGAAUAAUCUCACUUUUGUGACCAUCAAAGGUGGUGGACAUACAGCUCCAGAGUAUCUACCAAGAGAAUGUCUAGUGAUGGUCGAUAGGUGGCUUUCAGAAGCUCCUUUGUGAGGUUAUUAUGGCAUACUUCUUCAUUCAAUUAACCUAUUAUAUUUGGAAGAAGUGAUACCAUAUCCUUCACACUACAUAUACAAAGAAAGAGUUGCAAAACUUGUGCUGAAAUUGUCAAAUUUAGCCAGUGCAAUAAUAUUAUUAUAGGGUAUAUGGAGGUAUAGAUGUAGAAGUCACUGCCAAGGAUGCACUUUUAUAUAAAGUAAUCUAUGUAAUUUUAUUUUGAAAAUGGACAUAAAUCAUUAGUCCAAAAUUACGUAUGUUCUUUUUUUUUUUCAUUUUGUUUUUUAAAACAA